GUUAAAACCAUAAGAUUUUCAGAAUCUUUAAUUUCUCAUUUUUGUUAACCAAAGCCAAACAAAAAUGAGUAGGAAUCCUCACCAUAAGCUCCAUGUUAUGUUCUUCCCAUACAUGGCUUAUGGCCACAUGAUACCAACUCUAGACAUGGCAAAGCUUUUCUCCAGCAAAGGAGUCAAAUCCACAAUCAUCACCACUCCUCUCAACUCCAAGAUCUUCCAAAAACCCAUAGACGUAUUCAAGAACCAGAACCCUAGUCUCGAAAUCAUCGACAUCCACAUAUUCGAAUUCCCUUGCGUGCAGCUGGGGUUACCAGAAGGAUGCGAGAACGUUGAUUUCUUCACCUCAAGCAACAACCCUGGUAGAGAGAACAUAGCUUUCAAGUUCUUAUCGUCGACAAGGUUUUUCAAAGACCAGCUUGAGAAACUCCUCCAGACAACGAGACCAGACUGUCUUAUCGCCGACAUGUUCUUCCCAUGGUCUACCCAAGUUGCUGAGAAGUGUCACGUGCCAAGACUUGUGUUCCACGGUACUGGCUACUUCUCUUUGUGCGCUAAUUAUUGCAUGAAAGUGCAUAAACCACAGAACAAAGUAGCUUCGAGUAGCGAGCCUUUUGUAAUCCCUGACCUCCCCGGUGACAUAGAGAUAACUCGAGAACAGAUCAUAAACAGCGAGUCCGAGAUGGCAAAGUUUCUUUUGGACGUGAGAGAGUCAGAAACGAAGAGCACAGGUGUUAUAGUGAACAGCUUCUACGAGCUUGAACCUGAAUACGCUGAUUUUUUCAAGAGAUUUGUAGCGAAGAGAGCGUGGCAAAUCGGCCCGCUCUCUAUUACAAACAGAGGAUUUGAGGAGAAGGCUGAGAGAGGAAAGAAAGCGAGCAUUGAUGAGGUUCAAUGCCUUAAAUGGCUUGACUCCAAGGAAAAAGAUUCAGUCAUUUACAUUUCAUUUGGGAGCGUUGCUUGCUUCAAGAACAAGCAACUGGUAGAGAUCGCUGCAGGGUUAGAAGCUUCCGGCGCAAGUUUCAUCUGGGUUGUGAGGAAAAGCACAGGCGACGACGACAAAGAAGAAUGGUUACCAGAAGGGUUUGAAGAGAGGGUCAAAGGGAGAGGGAUGAUAAUAAAAGGAUGGGCUCCACAGGUGCUGAUACUUGAGCACCAAGCAACCGGUGGGUUCGUGACUCAUUGUGGCUGGAACUCACUUCUUGAAGGAGUGGCUGCAGGGCUACCGAUGGUGACAUGGCCUAUCGGAGCGGAGCAGUUCUAUAACGAGAAACUGGUUACACAAGUACUGAGAACGGGAGUGAGCGUUGGAGCCACAAAGCAUGUGAAGAAUAUGGGAGAUGAGAUCAUUAGCAGAGAGAAAGUAGAGAAGGCUGUGAGAGAGGUUUUGGCUUGGGAAGAGGCGGAGGAGAGGAGGAUACGGAUUAAGAAACUGGCGGAGAUGGCUAAAGCUGCUGUGGCAGAAGGAGGGUCUUCUUUUAACGAUCUAAACAACUUCAUACAUGAGUUCAGUUCAUUUAGAAAAUAAGAUUAAACCUAACGUAGUAAACAAGGAAAUAAAAGUUAAUCCAUGCAUUGUCAUUACCGUUUUCUAAUCCGUUUUGGUGAUUUUUAGUUUCAAAGAUUUUUCAUUCCCACUAUGAAUCCAAAAGCUUUUUUUAUAGUGUAAUUCUCCUAAAUAGAACUUUUCAAAAGUAGACCACAAAGAAUAAAAUGACCAAAAUGUUUCAUUUAAUAAGUAAAAAAACCAUAAUACCCUAGAUAUAUAUAUAUAUAUAUAUA